CGUAUUUAGACACAAUUUAAACUCAAUAAAUUUGAUCAAUUUGGGAAUCGCGUGGAGUGAGAAUUAAGAAUGGGCACCAAACCCAAAAUCCAUCCAUUUUUAUCAUCUUUUUUCCUCUUCCUUUUGGUUUCCUCUCAUCACUGUUUUGCAGUACAAAAUGAAGAAGAAGAAGAAGAAGAAGAAGGGAUAAUAAAACGAAGAGAUUUUCCAAAGGAUUUCUUUUUUGGAACAGCUACUUCUGCUUAUCAGGUUGAAGGAGCUUAUCUUGAAGAUGGAAAGGGAUUGAGUAAUUGGGAUGUUUUUUCCCAUCUUCCAGGUUCAACCCCACCUUCUAAUUUCUCAUUCCCAUUCCAAACCCAUUUCCCUAAUUUUGGUAAUUUUGCAGCAAGAAUUAGGAACAGCGACACCGGAGAUGUUGCCGACGAUCACUACCAUCGAUUUUUGGAAGAUAUUGAGUUAAUGCAUUCUAUGGGAAUGAACUCUUACCGAUUUUCCAUUUCUUGGACCCGAAUUUUGCCUAAAGGAAGAUUUGGUAAAGUCAACCGAAGAGGAAUUGCCUUCUACAACAAAAUCAUUGAUAAUUUGUUGUUGAAAGGCAUCGAGCCAUUUGUGACAAUUCACCAUCAUGAUCUUCCCGCUGAACUCGAUAAAAGAUAUGGAAGUUGGAUGAGCGCUCAAAUGCAGGAAGAUUUCGUGUAUUUUGCAAAAAUUUGUUUCGAGGAGUUUGGUGAUAGAGUGAAGUAUUGGAUAACCAUAAACGAACCAAAUGUGAUAACAUUAAUGGGUUACACAAAAGGAGUUUACCCACCGGGCCAUUGCUCGCCACCCUUUGGAAAUUGCUCUACUGGGAAUGCUGAUAUUGAGCCUCUCGUUGUCAUGCACAACAUGUUACUUGCCCAUGCCAAGGCUGUUCGUCUUUAUCGCACUCAUUUUCAAAAAAAACAAGGUGGAUCGAUAGGAAUAGUGGCAUACUGCCACAUGUAUGAACCACUAACAGACCAUGAGUAUGACAUAAAAGCUGCCCAGAGAGCCUUAAUUUUCAUCUUUGCUUGGGUGUAUGAUCCGAUAGUAUAUGGAGAUUAUCCUAAAGAAAUGCGAGAAAUUUUAGGAAGUCAACUUCCAAGCUUUUCAGACGUAGAGAAAGAUAUCAUAAGAGGAAGUUUGGACUUCAUUUGUGUCAACCACUAUACUACAUUUUAUACAAAAGAUUGUCUUCAUUCUGCCUGCUUUGGUGGUGGAAAUCAUCCUGUAACAGGAUAUCUUAAUACGACGGCAUACCGAGAUGGUGUUUCCAUUGGAGAUCCUACAGGAAUAGAUGUAUUCUUUGUUGUUCCAAGAGGCCUAGGAAAAGUCAUUAACUACAUCAAGGAAAGGUAUCCGAAUAAGCCCAUCUUUGUCACGGAAAAUGGAUAUUCUUCGCCACAAUCGGAAGGUAACGAAACCGAAGUCUUAAUAAAGGAUACAAAACGUGUGAAUUAUCACAAAAACUACCUCGCUUCCUUGGCUAAUGCAAUGAGGGAUGGUGCUGAUGUGAGAGGGUAUUUUGUAUGGUCCUUAAUCGACAAUUUUGAAUGGGCCGAUGGGUAUGACACGAGGUUUGGGCUUUUGUAUGUGGACAGGAAGACACUUGAGCGACGGCCCAAGCUUUCGGCCCAUUGGUUUUCUUCUUUCCUUGGGGGCAAUCUACACGAACUUACUAAAUAUUCAUCCAUCGUCCAUAAAAAUGCCUUUGAUUCUCUCAUGGAUCAUUAAAUAUCGUAUGUUUUUACAAAAUAUACUUUUUUCACUUUUAAAAAUAUACAAUGCUAUUAUGUGAACUUUUAUUUUAAUAUAUGCUUUGAUUAUACAUUCAAACGCUUUCCAUGCAUGGUUCUAUGUAUAUGUGUGUAUUAUGUAGUAUGUGGGAGACCUAAUAUAUUUUAAAAAUAUAAUGCUCUUAUGUGAAUAUUAUUUUAACACA